AACGACAUUUACGAUUUACUAAAAAUAAAAAAACGACAAAAAGUGAGGUGGCUUCAAAUCAAACAUCUCACCCAUGUCCAACUCUCUUCUUCUCCACUUUUGCUCUCUGACUCUGUCACCACAACUAUAUUCUUGUUUUGAUUCGAAUCCUCUUUCUGUUUCUACCCAAAAUUGAUCCCAAUCCCAAUUACUGCCACUCCCACCAACGUAUAAAGGAUUGUUAGAAGAUAAGGAUUAGAGUUUGUAAGAUGUGAUUAAGCUAAGUCAAGUGGGCACAUGAGAUCUGCUUCUGCUGUGGUCUUGCCCCAACAUACACAAUGGCUUCGCGAGCAAUCUUGCUAAGGAAGCGCUACUACCCUUUCAAUUCCUUGAAUCAGCUUACAUUCUUGAUUCGAGGUUCCUCUAGUGUUGAGCGCGAAGAAUUAUCCCAUUCUAAUGACUUUCGAUUGUUUUCGAGUCAAGUGUUGGUAACUACUGAUCAUAGAGAUGAUGAGGUUGAAACUUCAUUUCUUAAGAAUGUACCUUCUACUCUUAGAGAAGUUGGAUUUUUCAGGCAUAACUUCUUUUUGAGCAAUGGAAUUGGAAGGGAACACUUUGGUUCCUCAAUGGGAGUUAUGCAGACUUUGCAGUCUAUACGAUAUUAUUCCACAGGGAUGGCUGGUCAACCAGAAUUCGAGAAUGGUAGGCAUGGAAAUGAACAGCAGGUUUCUGGACAGAAAAAGGAAGCUUCACCGGAGGAGUGUGAUGAAGCUGUUGAAGGUUUGAGCACGGUGAAAGCCAAAGCCAAGGCUAAGCAGAUACAGGACUCUCCAAAGAGUGAUAAAACUGUUAUGAUGAGAAUGUGGACUGUGCUUUUGGGGAUUGGACCAGCUCUGAAAGCUGUGGCUUCCAUGAGCAGGGAGGAUUGGGCGAAGAAAUUAAUUCAUUGGAAGGAUGAAUUUAAGUCAACUAUGCAACACUAUUGGUUAGGUACAAAACUCCUCUGGGCUGAUGUUAGAAUUAGCUCAAGGCUGUUGUUGAAGCUUGCUAGUGGAAAGAGCCUUUCUCGAAGGGAGAGGCAACAACUCACACGUACCACUGCUGACAUUUUCAGACUAGUUCCUUUUGCUGUUUUCAUUAUAGUUCCAUUCAUGGAAUUCUUGCUGCCAGUAUUCCUUAAAUUGUUCCCUAACAUGUUACCAUCAACCUUCAAGGACAAGAUGAAAGAACAGGAGGAAUUGAAAAGAAAGCUAAAUGCAAGAAUAGAAUAUGCAAAGUUUCUUCAAGACACAGUAAAAGAAAUGGCAAAGGAAAUAAAAACCUCGCGAAGUGGAGAAGUUAAGCAGACAGCAGAAGAUCUUGAUGAAUUUAUGAACAAGGUUAGAACAGGCGAGCGUGUUGCUAAUGACGAGAUUUUAGGCUUUGCCAAGUUGUUCAAUGAUGAACUCACAUUAGACAACAUUAGCAGACCUCGUUUAGUAAAUAUGUGCAAAUAUAUGGGUAUUAGCCCCUUUGGAACCGAUGCAUACUUGCGUUAUAUGCUUCGAAAAAGACUACAGCAGAUCAAGGAAGAUGAUAAGAUGAUUCAAGCUGAGGGGGUCGAGUCCCUUUCAGAAAGAGAACUUAUUUUAGCCUGUAGAGAACGAGGCAUACUUGGAACACGUUCGGUAGAGGAAAUGAGAGAAGAGUUGCACGACUGGUUGGAUUUGUCUCUGAAUUACUCGGUACCAUCUUCCCUCUUGAUACUUUCAAGAGCUUUCUCGGUGCAUGGUAAAGUCAAGCCAGAGGAAGCUGUUCAAGCUACGCUCUCCUCUCUUCCUGAUGAGGUUGUGGAUACGGUUGGGGUGACUACUUUGCCUUCUGAAGACUCUGUUUCAGAAAGGAGAAGAAAGUUGGAGUACUUAGAAAUGCAGGAAGAAUUGAUCAAGGAGGAGGAAGAGAAAGAGGAAGAAGAACAAGCCAAACUAAAGGAAUCCGCUAGUAAACAAACAGAUGUGGCUCUAGAAGAGAUGACUAUUCCAACAGCUAGAGAAGCACAGGAACAAGCAAAAGCAAAAGCUUUAGAGAAACAAGGGCAACUUUGUGAGCUCAGUCGUGCAUUGGCUGUUUUGGCUUCGGCAUCUUCAGUCAGGCUGGAGCGCGAAAAGUUUUUGAAACUUGUGAAAAAGGAGGUUGAUCUUUAUAAUCAUAUGGUAGAGAAGGAAGGAACUGAUGGGGAAGAAGAAGCAAAGAAGGCAUACAAAGCAGCCAGGAAGGACAGUAAUCUUGCUGCCGAGACGGCUCUCGGUGACAAGGCUUCUUCAGCACUUAUAGACAGGGUUGAUGCUAUGCUUCAAAAGCUUGAAAAGGAAAUUGAUGAUGUUGAUGCGAAAAUCGGGGAUCGCUGGCAGUUGCUUGACAGAGAUUAUGAUGGAAAAGUAACUCCUGAGGAGGUUGCUUCUGCUGCUAUGUACCUUAAAGACACUUUGGGCAAAGAGGGCAUACAAGAACUUAUUAGCAACCUAUCCAAGGAUCAAGAGGGAAAAAUACUAGUCGAAGACAUUAUCAGAUUAGGCGGUUUAACGGAAGACACUGACACAAUUGAGGAAAAGAAAGCAUAGGAGAUGAGAUGAAAUCAAAUCUCAAUUGUGGCUCUGCUGCUGAUCAUGUCUUGCAUUUUACUAUAUGCUUAUAUGAUGAAGCAUUGAUUAGUUUCUUGAAGGAAGCAUUUUUCACAGACCAAUAAUGGGAAGGAGAUUCAUUGGUAAAACAUCUUGAUCUUGCGAACAUACCAUGUAAUCUAGAUGUAGUGUAAUGUCAAAUGUGUUAUCAUUCUAAUUUAAUAUUUGAAGUGAUACUUUACAAUGGAUUAUCAAGACAAACGAAACAAGAUUCACCAAAGAACUUGAGUGAGUAAUAAUGCACGAGUAUAGAAGAAUUAGAAAACGAUUAUUGUUAAUCAUGAUAAUAAAGAAUAGUUACUUAUUAUGAUCAAAUAUUAAUAGUACAUUUUGGUGGAUUGAAUAAAUAAUUUUUUGUUAA